CCGACGACCGCAGCCUCAAACGCUCGUCCGAAAAACCAACAACCACCCACAAAACACAAACCACUCCCAAUUCCGAAUCGCCCAACCGGCAAUUGAACACCACCAUGUCCGGGAUGGCGAUCCUCGGCAAAGCCCCGAGGGUGGGCACAUCCCUGCUGCUUUCGAGGUGCGCGCGCGCAACUCCCGCUGUUGGCCACAAGGCCUGCCUGGUGCAGCCGCAGCAAACCCGAUCGCUGUGGCACAGGACACCGACGACGACGACUGCAUGCAACGGCAGCAGCAGGAUCAACAGCUUGCUGAGCGCCAGGCCCAGGGUCGGGGCGGUGCAGACCGCCCUGCGUCAGCUGCAGCAGGCGAGGGGGAUGAAGCUGCGUAGUGCUAUUACGAAGCGUUGCGAGCAUUGCAAGGUCGUUCGGAGGAAGCGUGGAAAGAGGCAUCGGGGUUACCUCUACAUCAUCUGCAGCGCCAACCCGAGGCACAAGCAGCGCCAGAGCUGAGACGACACGUCGAAUAUAUAUCGAAAUGUUUCCUUUUAUAGCGAGAUUUCUCUUGAAACCAACGAGAAGGCUGUGGCGGUUCGCGACUGGGCAAUUGCAGCAUACCCCAUGAUUCCAAACAGACCAGCCAGCGAUGUUGGGUGGUUGAACGGGCCCGGGGCAGGAAUGGGCGAAAUGUACGAUACGGACGGUCUGGAGCCUACCCUCGACUCGGGGCGCCUAGGCUCGGAUGAUAAAAUCUCACACGCAAGUGAGCUGUAUAUAUACAAAUAUAUGAUCAACGUCUGGAGUCGAGCUCAUAACAUAGGUGGCAAUACCGGACAGAUGGCCAUGUCUAGACUCUGGAGGAAAAAAACAAACAUAGACGAAUGAUCACCCUGGACACGGAUAUAGUUGCUUAAGGGGGGACAUGCUAUUGUGUAUUAUAUGUGUUUGACUAAGUGCUAUGAUGAUUUUUGGUUGACUGAACGCUCUAUGCUGCCCAACAUGGUCC